ACGUCUGCUUUACUUUGAUUGGCCAGACGGUUAGCAUGUAGGUAGGCGAUUGGCCGGUUCAUCCACCAGGGAUCUUGGGGGAAACAUGGCGAACCUGAGAAGCUUGAAGGGCCUGGUUGGGAUUGUCACUGGGGGAGCCUCUGGUCUUGGUCGGGCCACAGCGGAACGGUUAGUGCGACAGGGAGCCAGCGCCGUCAUCCUAGAUUUACCGAGCACUGACGGGAACAGUGUAGCGCAGUCUCUUGGAGAGAAGUGUGCAUUUGCUCCGACUGAUGUGACCUCAGAGUCUGAUGUGACAAAUGCGUUGGAAGUGGCCCGUUCCAAGUUUGGAGGAGUGAAUAUUGUGGUCAACUGCGCUGGCAUUGCCGUGGCUAUAAAAACCUACAACAAAAGCAAACAGAGGCCGCACAGUUUGGAGGAUUUCCAGAGGGUCAUAAAUGUGAACAUUGCCGGUACGUUUAAUGUUAUUCGUCUAGCUUCAGCAGAGAUGGUGAAGAAUGAGCCAGACGUUGAUGGACAGAAAGGAGUUAUAAUAAACACGGCCAGCAUCGCUGCCUAUGACGGACAGGUUGGGCAGGCGGCCUACUCUGCCUCCAAAGGGGGAAUUGUAGGAAUGACUCUUCCUAUCGCUCGGGAUCUGGCUCCACUUGGGAUCAGAGUCGUGACAAUAGCUCCUGGCUUAUUCGCAACCCCUCUCCUCCUUGGGCUCCCUGAGAAGGCAAGAGAAUUCCUGGCCAAGCAAGUUCCUUUCCCCAGCAGACUGGGCCACCCUGAAGAGUAUGCCCACCUGGUACAAACCAUUAUAGAAAACCCCAUGUUGAAUGCAGAAGUAAUUCGUCUGGACGGUGCCCUUCGUAUGCAGCCCUAAUAAAGUUAGCAUCCUAUGGGGAACCACCAAGCCUUCCGUCCAUGUCUUAAGGCAUCGUUGCUGGGUGAGCUGAGCUAGAGUGUCCUAUUUGCUUGUAACGGCCGUGAUGGCAUUGUUAUGUUGCACGUGCCAGGAAUGUACCCAGAAAUCUAUGAAUAGAUUGUGAUAGAAGGCGUGGAAGGCCAGCCAGGAUUUAUGGGAGAACAUCAUAAACUGUGAUUGUGACCUAAAUCUAUUAGAUUAUGCGGUUUGUAGGAUAAAAUAAGUUUGCUUUUCUGUGAAGAAAUAAAUCUGAUUAUCUUA